AUGGCCGAGAGGCAACCCAUGCUCUCGUUCGCUAAGGUCGUCUCUGCUGCUUCAGUGCCUCGUACCACCACAUCAUCUCAAAAGUCGGAACCCAGGAACGACAAGAAGUACGACAAAGGUGAGCGCCAUGAUCGUGCCGACAAACAUGGGCGACCAGAGAAGCCAGAGAAGCCCGACAGAAAUUUCGGGAAUCGGCGUCGUCAGCCGAAAUACAGGGAUCGUCAUGAGAAGCGUGGAAUUAAGCCUGAACAAGUUAAUGAAGUGAAAGCAACUGCUGCUGAACAACCAAUAGCCGUUCAAGAACCGGUUGUGUUAGAACCAGCUCCUCUUCCAACUGUCAACGCAUGGUUUAGAAAUAAAGGUAGGAUUGAAGACGAGGUCCAAGUUGGAGGUACUGGAGCCAUGUCUUCACCUCAGUCACCUUCUAAAGAGGAUAAGCCGCAACCACUUGCAAACGGAAGUAAUCGAGUUUCAUCUGGAUCUUCUAAAAGUACGCGAAGUGAUAUGCGUGGAAUAGCAAUGAAAUCUGACUACUGGCACAAGAAUACUGAAAGAAGGGAGAGUGACAAGCCCAGAGCAUUCUAUCAAAGAAACGACAGAUAUCAGUCUCGGAAUCCACACGCGCCACCAAAACUGACUCUUGCUCAGCGUAAAGCUCGUGGCCCACUUCCUGACUGGGAGGAUAUUCAGGACGGCGAGGAUAAUUUCGAUUACAUGAACCUCAUGGAUUCACAGUAUGCACAGUAUUACGCAAUUGGAAUGGAUCCACAAGUGGCUACUAUGAUGAUACAACAAGCACAGCAGCACAUGGCUGCCUUUGGCUUCCGUCCUACCAUCCCCCUAAUGCAGCAUCAUAUCGUUACACCUCCCGAACCAGUGGCUGGACCUGUCCUUAACACUGCUAUGAAUGACUCAAUAAAUACUGCUAUACCAUUCGCUCCAGUUUAUCCAACGCAACUUCCCUUCGUGCCGCUCAAUGAUGAAACGUUAAAGGACUGCGUGCGUAAACAAAUUGAGUAUUACUUUUCCUCCGACAACUUACAAAAAGACUUCUUCUUGCGACGCAAGAUGGAUAGUGAAGGAUUUCUACCUAUCACACUCAUAGCGUCAUUUCCUCGUGUACGAUCUCUCACUCAAGAUCUUACACUUAUAUGUGAAGGCCUUCGAGAUAGCGACAAGGUGGAGUUGUCUGAUGAUGCGAACAUGGUUCGACCACGUUUGAAUCCUACAAAGUGGCCUCUGCCUCCCGCAGUACACUCCACUGUGCCAUCAACGAGCCGUAGUGAAACUCCAAGCAGCACAACUGAAUUUGUUGAGACAUUUGUCAGAAAAGCAAAAACUCAGGAAGAACCAAAGAAGAAAGGAAAGGGCCGUACAGAGAAGGCCACUGUUUUCAAAGAGGGUGCUGGAGAGCAGGAUUUGGAUUUCCAAUUCGAUAACGAAUUAGAAGCUUCUAUAUUUGGUAUUGAAACAGUUAAGAAGGAAAAGCCCUCAAAGGGUAUUCGUCUAAGUACGGACAUACACGAAGAAAUUGGCGAUGAUGUAGUGAAUAAACUGAUAAUCAUGACUCCUAUGAAACGAACAUUGGAUAGAACUGGUGAUUUCACCACUCGUGCAAAACAUCAGGCGGAAUUCAAUGAAGAGGUUGAAAUUGGUCUUCGACGUUACGAAGAGGAGCUAUGGAGUGCACCAAUGGAGAAGGAAGCUGUGAAAUCGAAAAUUUCGACAAUUGACCAUGAGGAAUUCCGAUUGCAAAAAGGAGAAGCUGAGAACGUGACUCAAGGACCACCGCCUGAUAUUCCUCCUAGUGAAGUGGAUGCUCCACCACCAUCUAUCUGGACGCAGAAGGCGAAAGAACGUUCUUCACUCAGUGUUGUGCCCAAAAGUCCGAUGCAGCGACGGGAAUCUCUGGAACAGAAAGUAUCUCGUUUCUAUCCUGUGGAGAAGCCUGCUCCAGUGAUGGACUCUAAAUCUCCUCGUAAACAAAAAACGAGGCACAGCUCGAAUCCACCCAUAGAAAUGGACGUGGGGUGGGUGCUCGGUCGUGAUGGUGUUCCUCCACCAGCGCCAGUAGGAAUCGCUGCCAGUAGCAGUCAGAUUCCACCUGGACAUCCAUCUGUCUCAUUGUUACAAGAUUUCGUUCAAAAUGUUUACUCAUCAUGGAGAUUAUCCUGUUUAAAGCAGCGAAAGAAUCUCGGUUACGAUUGUGCUGAAAUGAAUACGCUAUACCGAUUCUGGUCGUUCUUUUUAAGAGACAAUUUUAACAGGAAAAUGUUUGAAGAGUUCAGACAUCUCGCCCUUGAAGACGACGAAAAAGGAUUUCGGUAUGGCAUAGAAGCGCUUUUCCGCUUCUAUAGUUAUGGGUUAGAAAAGAAAUUCCGGCCGGAGAUUUACAAAAAAUUUGUCAAAGACUGUAUUGCUGAUGUUAAAAAGGAUCAGUUGUAUGGUCUAGAGAAGUUCUUCGUGUUCAUGAAACGGUGUAAAAUAGCUAAUCAAUUGGUUGUUGAUCAAUUUCUACAAAAAGAGCUGGAGAAAUACAAAACUCUUGAUGAUUUUUACAUAGUGAGUUUUUUGCUUACUUUUUAUUUGGAACGUUGCCGACUAUUAAGAUGUUAUCCAUUAUCUGUCGACCCUGCUGGAUAG